AUGGGCUUCCCAGAGUUGAGAUAUCGUGGAGGCAAUUGGCUAACCCAUGUACUUGUAAUUUUUAUUUUGGUUGUGAGAGGUACUGCGAUACUCAAUGCGACUGAGACAGGUGCUUCACUGAUACUGGCCAAUGACCGCUUCACUGCGGCUGUCAACAAGUCCACCGGUGCUAUAAACUAUCUUUUUCUCGAUGGCCAAGAUCUCCUCGGUACGCUUGACUAUGUCACCCCAACUCCUGGAGGUGCUACCGGAUCAGGAAAUAGUGGCAUUGGACCCUAUCUCGACUGCUACUGCAUACCCGCUGGAAGCUAUACACCAGGAUCAAUUGCACCAAAGUACCAGCUCAUUAAAGGCAUCGACUCAACAAAUACUUUAUAUGGAGGAAUUGUGAUGAGUGAGACAUACCCACCAACUGGUCAGACUUUAGAACAAUACUGGUUUCUUCGAGAAGGAGAGACUGGUCUACACACUUUCAGUCGAUUGUCAUAUUACAACAAGACAACUCCCUUCUUGAGAAAUCUUCAGGAGUUUCGAACACUUUUCAGACCGAACACUCCGCUUUGGACGCAUCUUUUGACAAACUCUGAGCAAUAUGCUCCCUUACCGUCAAAGAACGCGACGGAACACGAGGUUACAGUACAAGAUGCGACAUGGUAUCUUGGAGGAGAUCCAAAUGAUCCUUAUGUACAACAAGAAGCGGAUUAUUUCACGAAGUAUACUUUCCAAGAUACGUGGAGAGACCAUGAUGUGCAUGGGAUGUAUUCGGAUGGAACGACUAGUGAUGACAAUUCGACUUUUGGGUCUUGGCUAGUCAUGAAUACUAAGGAUACGUACUUUGGAGGACCUCUUCAUUCAGAUCUUAUUGUUGAUGGCAUUGUCUACAACUACAUUGUCUCAAACCAUCACGGUGACGGUACGCCGAACAUCACCGAUGGCUUCGAUCGGACUUUUGGACCACAAUUCUACUUCUUCAAUAAGGGCGCCCCAGGAACACCAAUGGAGACUCUUCGCCAAGAAGCGUUGCAAUUCUACUCGUCAACAUGGAAUCAAGCAUUUUACGAUUCAAUUGCCAAGUAUGUUCCUAAUUACGUCCCCUCGUCCAACCGCACGACAUGGAAAGGACAUAUUGACCUCCCGGCCAAUGCCACAAAGCCCAUCGCCGUCCUCGCUCAGAAUGGGGUCGACUUUCAAGAUAAUGUCUUUGACACCACUGCUUACCAGUACUGGGCCGAUAUCGACCCUUCGACGGGCGAUGUCGAGAUCCCAGCUGUAAAAGCAGGCACGUAUCGUUUGACCGUUUACGCAGAAGGUAUCUUUGGUCAGUACACCAAAGAUGAUGUCGAAGUGAUUGCCGGCGAGGUUCAUACUACCCAUGCUCGAUGGCGCGAAGAGAAUGCGGGAACAGAGAUCUGGAGAAUCGGUACUCCUGAUAAAUCUUCAGGAGAAUAUCGUCACGGCUAUGCACCGGAUGAAACACAUCCUCUCCAUCCAGCUCAAUACCGAAUCUACUGGCCCGUCUAUGAUUUUCCUACCGACUUCCCAGAUGGUGUUAUCUACCAUGUCGGAAAAGACGACGUCUCACAAGAUCUGAAUUAUGUCCAUUGGAGCGUUUUCGGGGGAUACGCGAAUGUCUUACGGCCUGAGCCUUAUUAUGAGAAUGUCAAUAAUUGGACUAUCUUGUGGGAUAUGGAGAAAGAGCAAUUUGAGAGUAAGAGAGAGGUCACUUUUACGGUUCAGCUUGCGGGGGCCAAGACAGCGGCGGGGAAUACGGACGUGUAUAAUGCGAGUGAACCAUACGCCAAUUUGCCGUAUACGGUUGUGGUGAAUGGAAAAGAGUUGGAGCCCUGGGUUAUCCCGUACUACCACAGCAGCUCUUGUGCUGUUCGAUCAGCGGUCAUCUGCUAUAAUAUUGCGAACAAGUUCACGUUUGAUCCAAAUUUGCUGAUUGAGGGCACAAAUGAGAUUGUGCUGCACUUGCCAGCUAAUGCGACGGAUUAUGAAAGUGCCGUUUUGCCGCAAACUGUGUAUGUGCAGUACGACGCGUUGAGGUUGGAGAUUGAAUAA